AUGGAAAUGUCCGAGCCCAGCUUGCCUGCGGCUAGUGCUACCGUAGAUGACGAGUCCGGUGACAUGUCUAAUCCUUUCAGUCUGCUUGACGACCAUGCCGAGGGUCGUGCAUUGUCCGAGGGAUCACCUGACGUGUCCGAUUGGGAUUCGUGGCUUCUUGAGCAAUACAGUAAAGAUCAUGUGUCGUGCGACCACACACACGAGCCUAGCGAGGCAUGUGCUGAACCUGAGACUCAGAGCAACCCAGACAGGGAGCCAGCUGCCGGUGACCGGGUCGUCCAGGUUCCUAGUCUUUCGUCACAGGCUGCGCCGUCAGGUGAGCCGUACAAUCGUGCAGGGUAUGAGUGCAUUUUGCAAUCAUCAUUCCAGUCCCUAGAACAACAGGUGCCGAAAUUCUUUUGGCAGGAAGGUUUCUGGGCAGAUGUCUUCGGCCCUAAAGCUCCGCUUGUGAAAGUGCCUUCGUUUCAUCGCUUCGAACAGCCAGCAGGAACGAUUGCUCCGCAGGACUCAGUGCCGGGGUCAAGUGGAUCCAAGAGAGCCCGUAGGCUUGCACCUUGCAUCUUCGAAAAGGUAGUUGUCAACAUGCGUGUAAUCUCUUGGAGGGACCAGCGCGAAGCAGACCUCAUUCGUGCGUUGUCAAAGUGGUGCCUGGUGUUUGAAGCCUGGGACGUAUCACGAACCAAUGUUGCAGAUCAACUCUUGAAGUGCGAAUCAACAGAUGCCUGUCAUGAGCUUUUGUCGGAUUACUUAGCAAAGAAGGCCCCGAGCACCUGCUUAAAGAGGGCGAACAGCAUGCUACGCCUUAACAAGUACGUUGCCAGCGAAGGGUUCCAGAUGCCCACUUCAGAGCCAGACCUUUACCAGCUGCUGCGGAGAGGCAAGUCGGGUGGCGCAUCGCUCUCGGAACUUCAAAGCAUAAUGGAAGCUGUUACCUUCGUACGGUUUGUGUUUGACGUAGAAUGUCUUCAGAGCUGUGCACGCAGCAAGCGUUGUUGGGGCCUCUCAACUGCAAAGAAAGCAUCUCUUGUGUCUAGGGCCGACCCGAUGAGAGUAGCAGACCUUGUCGAAUUACAUCGUGUCUUGUCGGACGAGGAAGGUUCGCUUUGGGACCGACUGAUGGCCGGCUCAGCACUUUAUUGCGUCUACGCGAGAUGCAGAUGGUCCGACGCGCAGCACAUUGACAUGUUGGUGUUAGAAGCGGGUGAGACACUGUUCACUGAAUUCGGCUCCGCUGUAAUUGACAUACAUAAAACGAUGCACUUUGCCUCGAGGGCCCCUCGGUCGAUGGAGCUCGUCGCAGUUGGGAGAGGGCUCGACGGGUCCGAUUGGCUAGCAACAUUCGUAUCUGUCAGGAAGCUCCUCGGGUGCUCGUACGAGGACGGCUUCCCGACUAUGCCGGCUCCGAACAAGCAGGGACUCCCUACCGUUCGAGCCCUUAGUUCUUCGGAGGCGGGAGCAUGGUUGCGCGAGCUUCUUCCUUCUCGUGAAGGAAUGAGAACAACAUCACACAGCUUGAAAUCUUCGUUGCUGUCAUUCGCUGCAAAGCGCGGCAUACCUCACCUAGAUCGGCUUGCACUAGGAGGUCACAGUCAUAGUGCUCGGAUGUCGGAUGUCUACGCCAGGGAUGCACUGGCUAGGCCUUUGAGGCUUCUGGCAGGGAUGAUUUCCGAGAUACGGGGCGGAUCGUUCGUCCCCGAUGCUGGUCGUGCCGCUCGCUUCCCAGGACGGACCAACGAGGCAGACCUGUGUGCUGAGGUUCCCGAGGAGUCUCAGGUGCCCCCUUUUGGGGCGGUGCAAGGUCAGCGAUCCGAGUGCUCACCCUCGGUUACAAGCGGUGGACAUUCGCCCCUCCUUAGUGUGCAAAGCAAGUUCUUGACCUCCCCAACAGCGGGUGAGGGCCUGCCGGAGUCGCCGCACAUGUUUGAGGGUGCCGUUGAAACCGAGCCACAGUUCUCAGUCGGAGAGCCUGCGACUCCAGUGAAAUCUGAAGGUGUAGGCGAGGCGUUCGUAACUGACAGUCCAAUCAGCGUUCAGUCCAGUUUGCCACCAUCGGAGGAGAGUGCUGGGCAUUCAGCUUGCGCUAGCAUUGAUGAGGUCGACCCCGAUGAUGGCACAUCCGCAGCUGGUGACACUUCGUCAGAAGAAUCUUCCGAAGAGUCGUCUGAUGAUUCCAGCUCGGUGGCGAGGUCCCUCCAACAGGAGCAGAAUCCGUUUGGGCCACCUGGUCCAAGCUUCCUGAGUGCCAUGUCCUUAGUUGAUAGCGAGGCCUCAUUCAAGGCGCGUUGCCUUGAGGUCUGCGGAAGCUCAGAACUUUACGAUCUGCUGGUCGAUGCAGGGGUCAAGACACAUUCGAUCCUCGCUUUCAGCUGCGGAACUCCGAGGGCCCAGCCGACAGACGUAGAGUUCGCCUCCUUCGCAAACACUGUCGUGAAGGGGCAUGCAAGCAUCGGCCAAGUCAGCGCCCUUAAGAGGCUUCAUUUCGAAUCCUCAACGCUAGUGGUUGCUGCACUUCGAACCAUGGUUGAAGGUGAUGCUGGUGACGCUUCCAAACGUUUACCAGUGGCCGAGAAAGCGGCUCGACUUGCAGAGGCGAAGCGGCGCCUUCCAGGACUUGUAAUAGAGGACGAACUCGAGCCCAGUCAUGCCCUCUUGGAUGUGAUCGCACACAUGGGUGAAGCAAACUCAGUCGUCUGGGUUCCGCCGUCGAAGUGUACCAAGAGGGAUGCCGAGCUGAAACUGGGGUUGAGGGAUAACCAAAAAUUCCUCACAGUCCAGGAACACGGUGUGACACUUGCUCCGGCCCCAGACAAGCUUGUCGCUGAUCAUGCAACCCCUCUAGAAGUACAAUGGUGCCUUCAACGCAGAGGGAUUGCAUUCUUCAUGUGCGGUUUCAUGAGCUAUGAAACUCAUGAUCGGUGGGUUUCGACUCUCCUGCGAGCACUGUCAUCGGAUGUCCCACCAGGGUACGCUCCUAUCUCGAUCCAGCAGAUGUUGCGUGCUGACUCUGAGAUGUUUCUGUUGCUCGCAAAAGAAGUGAACCGAGUGAAGCCUACUAGCACUGGAGUCAUGGAGAUGGAUGAAAAGAUGAAGCUGUUCAGGCACGAUCCCAGGAUCACAUCGUAUCUGCAACCGUUGCAGAAAGCAACCGCCAGUGUCGCACCGCCUCCUCAGCCGCCCCUUGAAUCAGCUGCAGGUGCAUCGGCAGGCGCUUCUAAGCGGCAGAAGAGGCGUGACGAGAGGCUGAAAGCCCCUGUAAGGGUUGACAACCUCCCUGAGGAGUUGAAGUCGUGUCCCCACCAUACGGAUGCAGCCGGCCGUCGUUAUUGCUGGUCUUUCAACUUGGCCAAGGGCUGUAAUGCAGAGUGCAAAGGGCGCCUGGGUCACGGUACUUCCAGUUGCUGGUUCGCACAGGGGGGCACAAAAGGCAAAGGCCGCGGGAAGAAGGGGAAGGCGAAGUCUGUCGAGAAAAUGCAAGUGCCGAAUUCGAAGCUGAUUUCAGAAAUCGUCAGUCCUGCCCUCCUGGCGGCUUGUGCCUGCGGCGAUUCCGCGGGAGAACAGCUCGCUUACGAAUGCUUGACAAAGGGUUCCUGUAACGAAGACCAUCUGCUGAAGCUAUCCCGCCUACUUCCAACUGAAGUGCAGGCGCGGUCCGACCAUAGCACCGUGGAGGAACGAUCCUUCACAACUGGGGCAUAUUGCUAUGGGCCCAUGUCUGGCCUGCGGACCACUGUCCGGUCUUUUCCAGCGGCCUCUUGCCUGCUGGCAAACUUGGCACAGCGUCUGUUUCCGCAGCACACUUUCAGCUCCGUGGGACUGUUUCUCAAUGUCAAAACCCGCCGUCAUAAAGACUCCAGAAACAUGCCAGGAUCUUUGAACGGCGUUGCCCCCCUUUGCAUGUUCAAAGGAGGUGGCAUCAGGGUACACUCGAACGGCAAGUCCUCUGACCUGCCAGUGUCGGAUGGGCCAGUUCUCUUCGAUGCCUUCGAAGAGCAUGAAACCCUUGACUGGAUGGACGGUCCUAGACUUGUGCUGGUUGCUUUCACGGUGUCUCGCUUGCCCAACUUGAGUGAGCCCGAUAUUGAACUUUUGAGACAGUUAGGUUUCAAGUUGCCCAAGCUUCAGCCCGCUAACUAUGCCAAAGCUCUGCCUCACAUGUCCCACACUACAUCGGCCGACCACGCUACACCAUCCGGCAUUGUGCUUGAUGUGUUCGCGGGCGAUGCAGGCUUCAGCAAAGACGACGAACGACAGAUUCUGCUGGACUUGAUCUCCGAGCAUGCAAGCAGCUUGAUCGUAGUCCAGUUCACGAUACCUCUGCUGGGAGCCUUCUUUUCUGCCGAACGCGGUUCUCCCGAGUUCGCCGACUUGCCAUUGGACUACGUUCGACCAAUGCAUGCAUGGUGGUUCGCAGGACCAUCGUCAUUUCUCACAGCCGCCCACAGCUUCGACGUGGCCCUCGCUGCUGCCCGACCUCUAGUGAGCGAGUUUCGCUCCUAUGAUGCUUGGGCGGUGCCUUUGCAUGCCGAAGUCGGCAAUCUCCUCAGAUUGCACUGCUCCUGGACGUGGGCCACGAAUCAUGUUCCUACCACGUCGCAGUCAGGGAAUGAGAUCAUGAUGGACGUGUGCGGUACUUGCGUGCCUUACAACUUGAGAAGGGAUGACUGCAUCGAGGUCAUUUGGCUAGGGAUACCUCGCGAGCCUGACGACUUCCUGGCCAAGGCCGUUCUAGCAGGCCACCCUAAAGCUUUGCUGGACUCCGAGCCUGAUCCGCACAUGCUUUUGAUCAUCGAUAACCUUCUGGAUGGGCAAGUUGCGAAUCCACUCAAAGGCAAAGGCGAACUUCGUCGGUGGUCCGACCUCAAAAGUCAACUUCAUCAGCAGCAGGAGACAGAGAGAGAGAAAUGGGACCCUCACGUCAGGGAAGUCCUGGGAGAUAAGGCGACCGUUCUUCUUGACACACUGCUGCAGGAGUUGGAUUUCCCAGACCGCCGUCUGGUCAAGCACAUGACCCAGGGUUUUAGAUUGUCGGGUUGGGUUUGUAGGACCGGGCUUUUCCCCCUCGACCCUAAGCCUCCAUCCUCGACCAUCGCCGCACAGCUGAAGACUGCAAAGGGCCGCAAUGAAGCCACCAUUGCGAAGCUUGACAAACAGCCUAGCGACGAGGUCUCCGAGAAGGCUUGGUUGGAAACGCUGGAAGAAGCUCAGAAAGGUUGGAUUUUCGAAGAUACCGAUCCGCAGCUUGACAAAGUUCUUGUAGCGCAUCGCUUCGGCCUAAAGCAGGGUCCGAAGACCAGAGUCAUCGACAACUGCAAGUCCUGCUCUUUCAAUCUCACCACUGGUGUCCCGGAGAAAUACCGGCUGCACGGGGUCGAGUUCAUAGCUGCUUUCCUGCUGCUUGCAAUGCGUGAUCCAAGAUCGCACGGGUGCAAGAUCCGUGGACGCACGCUCGACUUGACGGCAGCCUACAAGCAAUACGCUGUCCAUCGAUCCGACCGCGACGUCCUCAGGAUAGGAGUGAAGGACCUGCAGCAGAACCGCACUAGAUUUUACGGAGUCAACGCUCUUCCAUUUGGAGCCACUGGGUCAGACGACUGUGCUGAAUCGGCAGACGAAGUUGCUGCCGAUUUCUUCGAUCUCAUGUCUGUCCUGUACGCCCGCGAAGGAAAGAAAGCUACUGCUUUCACCGAAAUCUUUAAGGCUCUCGGACUCUUGUUCGAUCUCAGCCGGUUCGGCGAGGGGGAGGUCACUAUCGGCCACACUCCUGAACGACGUGAGGAGUUGAAAGCCACGAUAGAAGCCAUCCUAGCCGCCGACUGCCUUUCGCAUAGCGAGGCCGAAAGUCUGAGGGGCAGAUUGCAUUGGUUCACAUCCUUUUUGUUUGGGCGCCGCUCGUCUCAGGCCCUUAACGUGGUUUCCGAUUGGGUGAAUCGAGGAGCCACUCACGGCAGACUCUCUGACGACAUGAAGGAAGCGCUCACUUACUUGAAAGAUGUGGCCCUUACAGCCCCGCCUUUAAAGAUUUCUCGUAGUCUCCACAAGACGUUUUACAUUUUCACUGACGGCAGCCUUGAGAACCACACCGCUUGCAUCGGAGGCAUUUUGCACGAUGAUCAAGGCGUACCGCUUGGCUUCUUUUCGAUCGUGCUUGACCGUGCUGCGAUUGAAAGGUUGCACGAACAGUCAGAACAUCCAAUCUAUGAAAUCGAGCUGCUUGGAGUGUGGGCGGCCCUGUCAAUCUGGCAGGAGUGCAUCCAUGAUAGUUUCUGUGUUUGCUACUUGGAUAACGAAGCCGCCCGUGGAGCCUUAGUAGCUGCCAGAUCCUCCACCCUGAAGGGAGGUUUGAUCUUGGAAGACUGCUUGAAGCUGGAAGACUCAGCGCUCUGCAGGCCAUGGUUUGGCCGU